GUAUGCCGAUAGAUAGUACAAUUUUGCUAGUCGGCAAAUAAACAAUUUUUGCACAAAUAUAAACAAUUGCUUUGUUUGCCCGAAUGCAAAUGGAUAAGUUAAACCAGACUUUAACGGCCGUUAAGAAUCUACGCUCAAAUGUGCGGCAGUGCUUUGAACACUUGGCCGAUGGCACCGACGGCGAGGGCAUCGACGAAAGUCGAAAUAAAUUUGUGCACGAUUUUCAGGACAGAUUCGGUGCCAUCAACUCGCAGUUGCGUGAAGUGGAGCAGCUGAUAAAUGGGUUACAGGUGCCACCGACAGCCUACCAUUUGGGCAACACCACAUUUCUGGCACAGGAAACGUCACAGGAUCGACAGGCGUUGUAUCCGCAGCUGGUGAACAGCUACAAAUGGAUUGACAAGGUGCACGAUCAUAGUAUUCUUGCGUUCAACAAUCUCAAUCAAAAUACGCUGCGUCGCUCCUACAACUAUUGCUCACAGAAGCGCCAGCGAUUGCCCUUCUCCUCCUUCAACAACGAUCCGGACCACAUAGAUAAGCUAUUGAGUGAAAUAAAUCAUCCGCCGCACACAUCCUAUAAAGUCUUUCGUCCUUUUGGAUCCAAUGCCGUGGCCAUUGUUACCAUCAGCAAUGUGCUCAAGGCGGCCAUCGUUUUUAAGGGUGUGCUCAUUGAGUGGGUGACAAUCAAGGGCUAUGAUGAAACGCUCGAGCAUGACGAUCUGUGGGCCGAGUCGCGCUAUGAAGUCUUUCGCAAGGUGCAGGAGCACGCCCACUCGGCCAUGCUGCACUUUUUCUCACCCACACUGCCCGAUCUGGCGGUGAAGAGCUAUGUGACUUGGCUGAACAGUCACAUCAAGCUAUUCCUUGAGCCGUGCAAGCGUUGCAGCAAAUAUAUUGCCAACGGUUUGCCGCCAACAUGGCGCGAUUUGCGCACCCUCGAACCGUUUCACGAAGAUUGCCGCAAUAGCUAAAAAAAAA